GGCACGUAGCAAUACAAUACUCCACGUGUCAGAUUAUACACCGCAAGUACAAUACAACCCCUAGCAACUUCCAGAACAAGCUACGUCACAGCCAAAACAAGAGUACUAAAGAAGCAAUUAAGGACUCUUAAUCACAGAAAGAAGUGCGAGAUAAAAAGGAAAGAAAAUGGAUAACGAGUCUAAUUACUACGACGGAAAGACGGUGACCGUUGAUGAUGAUGACUAUCACGUGGGAUGCACGACGCCGACACGUGAGGAAUGCAGGAUACCCGCAGAUCCGCCGUGUCCGCCGCCGGUGAGAAGAAAGAGAUCGCUACACUUUGGAAAGAAGAGGGAACCGCCUAAGAACGGAUAUUUUCAGCCGCCGGAUCUUGACCUGUUCUUCUCCGUGGUGGCUGCCUCCAAACGGCAAGAAAGCUGCGCCUAGAUUUCGAUUCCUCUUUUUUACCUAUAUAUUUUAUUGUAUAUGCUAUAUAUAUAUAUAUAUAUAUAUUGUCCCGUGCCUGGUUUGAUUGAGUGUUUUUUUUUUAUUUUGAAAACGGGUUCGGGUUUAAAUGCGGUUUUGUAUAUGUAUGUAUGUAUGUGUAUUGGGCACGUUAUGGAAGCCUAGGCUUGAAGAUUUGUAUUCAGUAGUAGUUCUUUUUUGUGUUUCUGAUGUAUAUAUUGUUGAAGGGUGCCCAAAACAGCGAUCGUGUGA